UCCACCAAGGCACCCGUCAAGCUCGCUCGUGUUAUCAAGGUUUUGGGCCGUACUGGCUCUCGGGGAGGUGUUACGCAAGUGCGUGUAGAGUUUAUGGACGACACUUCGCGAAGCAUCAUCCGUAAUUGCAAGGGGCCCAUUAAGGAGGAUGACAUCCUGGCCCUGCUCGAGUCGGAGCGUGAGGCUCGGUACGUCAUACAGCCCUCUCAUUUGACGCAUCUCGCUGACUCUAUCCAUAGUCGUCUGCGCUGA